AUGGCGUCAAUGGCGCCGGUGGCGCCUAUGGCGCCCGUGGUAGGGGGCACCGUGGCACGUGCUGUCCUGGCUGCCCCUGCACUUCAGUGGCUGAUGCUGCUGCGGCCGCGGCGGCCGCUGGUGACGUGGCCAAGGCUAAGGCCGCCAAGCCCGCGGCCUGCAGCGGGUGUGCGGGUUCUGGUGAUGGCCAGUCCAGCCCGGUGCAGUCCAGCCGUCGGCCCCACAGGCUUGCAGAGCUUGCAGGGCUUGCAGGGCUUGCAGGGCUUGCAGGGCUUGCAGGGCUUGCAGGGCUCGCAGGGCUUGCAGGGCUCGCAGGGCUUGCAGAGCCUGGCCUGA